GCGAAGGAGCCUAAGACCCCGUCGAGGACAGAGGAAUGACGCCGCUCAUUGUGCCGGACGGUUCCUGCGCGGAAUUUUAACGAGAUCGGGAGGGGCCUGCCAGGGUGCAACCUGUAUAUAUAUAAAAGGGGGACAGUGGUCGCCAGCAGUGGCGGAACGAAAAAAGCUUUAAAAUCUGAGCGCCCCACGACCACCACUCGGAGUAACUGUACCACCCGGAUAUUCCGUCUGUACAUCGAGCAGCGGGCAGUAAAAGUCAUGAAGGUGCUGUUACUCUGCCUCUUCCUGUUUCUAAGGGAAGCCAACUGCGGAGUGGUUGAGGCACCCGCCUAUGGCACGGCCCUGGUUCCCGAGACUGGAACGUCUUCUCAGUACCGGUCUCAAGAUGUUCACGGAAACUACCAAUUCGGCUACGAAGAGAAGCACACGUCGGGCGGCUCCUUCCGCCAGGAAACCGGAGAUGCGUACGGCAACAAGUACGGCUCGUACGGCCUCACUGACGCCGACGGCCGCGUGCGCAUCGUCAAGUACGUAGCCGACGCCAACGGCUUCCGCGUCAUAGUCAACACCAACGAACCGGGAACCGCGCCCUCGACGCCGGCGGCGGCCUCCAUCAACGUCCCACAGGAACCCGUCGUCCCUGCACCCGUCGUCAAGACCGUGGUCCCCGCUGCUCAAGUGGUGACGGCUGCGGUAGCUCCCGCUGUGGUCGCGGCUCCCGCUACAACGGUUGUCGCAGCGCCCGGACCCGCCGUAGUGACGGCCGCAGCCGCUCCGGCGACCGUGACAACGAUCAGGAGAUUUGUCCCAGCUUCCAUAUACACAGGAGCCGCAGUCGCGGCACCGGUCGUGCAUACCGCCCCCGCAGUGCCGGCAGUUCCCGUGUUCGGAUACCGGCGGGUCGUAGCCGCGGCUCCGGUCGUGACCGCCGCAGCCCCGGCCGUGUCGUAUUCAACCGGCUUCGUGCCGUCAGUGCCGUACGCCGCUUCAGCUAUCCCACCACCGCCUGUCCGUAGAGUUAUCGUCCGUAAGGUCGUCCCUGCCGGCUACGGGGCCGGCUACGGGGCCGGAUACGGGGCCGGAUACGGGGCCGGAUACGGACCGCUGCGCAGUGCUGCGACGUCGUACGCUGCACCAGCCGUCGUGGCGGCUCCUGCUGUAUUCGGGGCCAAGCUGACGGCGGCUGCACCUGCAUACUCGUACGGUGGGCCAGCCGCUGUCACGAGCUUCGCCGGCAAGCCUCUGGACUACUACGAGCAUCUGGCCAACAAGUACGGGGCUACUUAUCUGCGGCGUCGUCGAUGAGCGAGAUAUACGACUCAAAUUGGCGUCUAAUUACUGCCUCAUUUUUCGUCCAUUGUAUGCUAUACCUCCUGCCGCCAUUGUGUCCAGUAUUUCACGUCCAGCUACUCAUGUAAAGCUAUUUAUGCGUAGUGUUGAUGUCCAGCUGACGAUUACUGCUGUCGCAUGCCCUUGACGGUUCCGUAGAGGGUGUUUAUGACUUUCACAUCCCCCUGUGUGUGUAUUUCUGUGUAUUUCUCUACCCAACCUGAAGGUAAAUUCUACCGCUCAUCUACUCUAGACCACGCAUCUCU